AUGAACCAAGCAGACAUGGAAUGGAUGGACAGAGGACGAGCAACAGAACCGAGGAUGUGUGCACUGAUAAAGCUGUUUUUGGAAGGUAUUCAUGCUAUGGCCAACAUGGCUAUCAAGCGAAGGCUAGAGAUCCAGCUAACUUCUCACCAUCUGGAUGACCCAUAUGUGCUCUCUGACCAUCAUGUCAACUGCAGUUCCACUACAAACCUCAACACCAGCACACCGGUUCAGCAACCUAGUCAAGGUGUGGUAGUCAAACAGGAGUACAACGUCCAACAGCGGAACAAUGACUGUUAUUUCUGUAGCGGAGAACACUUCGCCCAUGAAUGUCAGACACGCAAGGACUACGUACACGAAGGCAAGGUAAAAUGGAAUGAGGACGGAAAACUCGUUAUGCCCGACGGCCACGAUAUCCCAUACAGAAGGGAGGAUGGUAACUUCCAACAGCGCAUUGACUGUUUCAUACAUGAAGGACCCACUAUGGGUGCCAAUGCAAUGGUUCUAGGGAUUGAAUCCGCGCUGGGUAUUGACUCACCCACAUUUAUGCACACCUGCACAAGCCACCAGGAAGAAGACCAAGAUUUGGAAGACGAAGAAUUGAAACAUUUAGAACAUGAGAUCGUGCGGCCCACAAAUCUGACAAGGGAAAGAAUGUACGGUUCGAUGGUGUUGAUGUGCCCGCGCACGCUAAGCUGGGGCCAUCUUCCAAAACGACUGAUGUGGUAG